CCAGGAGCCUCUUCAGCGUCAAUCACACACUGCAGGCAAGAUGGCUGAUGCACCAGUGCCCAUUUCACAGAGGAGGCUCAUGGACGUGAAGCUGGGAGAGCUCCCGAACUGGGCAGCUAGUCGGGACUUCACUCCCAAUGGAAUCCUGUCUGCUGUACGCAGAGGGCAUGACAGAUUCUACAACAAGUACAUCAAUGUGAAGAAGGGGGGCAUUGGUGGCGUUGCCAUGCUGCUCACAGGUUAUGUGGUCUUGAGCUACAUCUGGGAGUAUGACCAUAUUAAACAUGACCGCUGGAGGAAGUACCACUAAAGCACUGGAUUUCAACUAGGCUACAGCAGUGUGAAUGCCUUACCUUGUUAGUGUUCUGUAUUGCCAUGGUGUACGAGGAAUAACGUGUGACCAAGAAAUUAAAGUAUAUCAUUGAA